ACUAAUCACCAUUGUAUAUCCGUUAUUUCGACUUUUCACCAUCGUAAUUUCGUAUUUUCGUUGUUUCGAGUUAUGCGUGUCGCGAAGGCGCUAACGGGACACCGUAUCUUUCAGUAUUGAUUUAUCAAACUAUUUUUGAAAAACACCGUAUCUUUCAGUAUUGAUUUAUCAAACUAUUUUUGAAAAAUCGGUUUAAUCUUAAAUAUAUGAACUUUAAACUAGAAACUUGUUUUCUCUUGAUAAAGUUAGGGGUGUAUUGGGAAAAAAAUUGUACAAGUAAUUAUUCAUUCGAACAGACAUUUUGAAUUGAACGGAUUAAAGCAUGGCAUUUAAAAAUAUUUUCAUGGUUUUGAUUUCACUUCAAAUUCUCAUUGUGGCCCAGGAAAUAACUGAUCAAGAACUGGAGGAAACAAAUCGCCACAAGCCUUACCGCGAACUGCCUUAUUGUCCAAACCAAGGAGAAUCCGAGAAUGGUAGAUGGCGCUUGAAUAGAAAAGAUGGUUCCAAAAGAUGUAUUCUUGACUGCAACAAAGGUUAUAGUCCAAAUGGAUGCCACGUUAUCAGGAAAGAUAGCUAUGGAGAAUGGAAUUACAAUAUCUCAUCAUGUGUUAAAGACGAAUGGUUAAGUAGCAAAAAAGUGGCAUGUUACACAGCGAUUUUUGGAGCUAUAGCCGCAUCUCCUUACCUUCUGAGCCUUCUAGGAUUUGGUUCUGUUGGAAUACUAGCUGGUUCAUUUGCAGCCAAAUGGAUGGCAUAUAUUGGUAUUGUUUCUAAAGGUAGUGUAUUUGCGUGGCUUCAAAGUCUUGGUAUGACUGGUAUAAGUAAAGCGGCGAUUCUAAAGGCCAUGGGUUCUGCUGCAGUGUUUGUGAUGGUAUGAUAGGCAUAUUCUCAGAAAAUCCUUGUGAAAACGAAUGAAACCGAUAUAUGGUAAUUUGUCGAAGGACACGUGAUUUGCUGAUAAACUCUUUAGAAUUUGUUGCUUUAAAAACAAACAAAAUGAAAUAUAUUCAUGCCAUAGACUUUUAUUAAUUCAUUUUUUAAUGUUGAACAGUAUAUUUAUCAAAAUUUGUAGUUAUAUAAGAUAACUAUGUACAUGAUAAGCUUAUCUUUCUAGUGAUGAUUCGAUAAGAAUGUUGUUUUACUACAACAACAAUUUAAUUUCUUAUAGAAGUGUAGAUUUUAGUUGUAAGAUAUUGUUUUUCUUA